UUGAGACUUCUGGAGUUAGUCUUACUUAGAAUUAAAUACAGUUGCUCCGUGAAUUCGUUUUCUUAGGAAUUUGCCGUAAUUACGGCGAAAUUGAUGUAGUAAUUUUAUGGACGGGAAAAAAACUAAUGUAAAGAAAGGAAAAGAUGAGAAAACAAAUAAGAUCCGUGAGCUGUCGCUGGUUGAAGAAGCUUUGCGCAUUGACUGGACUCAUUCAGUCCCGCAGUGUUCUUUGACACAGCUUGAUGAAUGGUACAAUGGCGCAAUUGAUGCUAUCGCCAGAGACGAUGAUGUGGAGAAUUUUAAAAAUGCAUUGAAAGCCGUGCAUCCGCCAAUCGCUUUAGUCAGUUUGUUCCAGCACAACCGUGAUAAUUUCGCCGUAUGUGACAUCAUCAAAUUGGCUGUUAUUCGCGGUUGUCGGCAAAUUGUGGAACUGAUCAUCAAAAUUUUAGGAGAACAGAAAUUUUAUGAAUUUGCACAAUGGGGGAAAUAUAAUUGUUCACAUAUCGCAGCAAUUUGGGGACAUGCAGACUUAAUAGAAAUCUUUCAAGAGUAUUUCGUCAAACAGGGCGGUGACCCUUCCAUGGUGCCAGCGGACGGAAGUGUCUUGGUACUGGCUCAGCGUUAUGGGCAAUUACGCAUUGCGGAGUACUUUAAUUGGUAUCCACUACGUGUCGUCUAUCAAAAAAUAUUGAAUAAUUUAGCUGCACAUCUGGAUAAGGCUGGACCACAGACUGAUCCAGUUUGCACAGAAGAGGAUUUGGCUAGAUACCGCGCAGGAUGUGAAGAAAAACUUGAGCACAUCAAACAGGUCAAAUUUCGUGAAAUGCCAUUGCCCGAGCUAAUCAAUAACAUUAUCGAGGCUAGUCAGUUACGCGUAUUGGCUAAAAAGUUUAUAGUCAAAUACCUUUCGCAAAUCGACAAAGGAAAAAUGAAGAAAAAGAAAUAAACUUAUUCGAUGUCCUGUUUACCUCGAUUAUUCAUGUAUUUGCAUUUUUUUGCUUGUGAUUUUUAGUCUCGAAUUACAUAGCUGCAUAGGGUUUGCGCCAUGAAACAUUGAUUAUUCAUUAUUGUGCACACUCCGACAGCAACCAAAAAAGAAUAAUAAUUUUUGUACAUAAUGAUAUAAAUUUCGAUCGAGAAGCAGAAUCUUGAAAGAUAAAACUUGAAAAAGAUAAAAAUGAUCCAACGUAAAUACGAGUACGUGUCUGCGGUCGUACAAAGCAGCUGAAAAUUAAGGCGGCAUUGUAUUAAAGCACUGUUCUAAUGUGCAUAAUGCGUACGUACCGCCUGAUGGAAAAAAUUCCGCUCUGGUCAGUUCGGGUUCGAUA